UCAUGCAGUCAGUGUGAUCGCUGUUAUUAUUAUUAAUAUUUCUCGGCUCUGAUAUCGUGUCGUGUUGUUCUGAUCUCUCUCGUCAUGAUGGGCGGCAGCAGCAGCAGCAGCAGGAUCGCGGCUGGUUUGGGCGCGGCGCUGUUCGUCGGUUACUGCAUUUAUUUCGACAAAAAGAGACGGAGUGACCCGAACUACAAGAACAAACUACGAGAACGAAGAAAAAAGCAGAAGGUGGCUCAGGAGAAAUCUGGAUUAUCAAAGUUACCAGACCUGAAAGACGCCGAAGCCGUUCAGAAGUUCUUCCUGGAGGAGAUUCAGCUCGGAGAAGAGCUGCUGGCGCAGGGUGACUAUGAGAAAGGCGUGGAUCAUCUGACGAAUGCGAUCGCCGUGUGCGGUCAGCCGCAGCAGCUUCUGCAGGUCCUGCAGCAAACGCUUCCUCCUCCAGUCUUCCAGAUGCUCCUCACCAAACUGCCCACCAUCAGCCAGCGUAUCGUCAGCGCUCAGAGUGUCAGCGACGACGACAUCGAGUAGAAGACCUCCAGCAGCUCUGUGACAUCACUUCCUGUCUGCUUCGACUCAAUCAAUCGCUCUGUCCCGCCCCCUUUCCAUCCAGUUCUCAAACACUGAACGCACAGAUACGGAUUUAAAGAAGUGUCAUAGUUUUGUUUUGAAUCUGAGCUUCUGAGUUUGUCCUGUUGAAGUUGGCGUGUUUUCAGUGUGUUAGAAUGGCAGAAAACAAGCAUGACCUGCAGCAAUUAUUUGUUUUGCUAACAAAGCAUUUUGGGUUCACUAAAUUAUGAAAUAUGCAAGCGGUAAAUCAUCGACUAAUGACUCACCAGAGUACAUGCUGCUGUCAUUUAUCUGUGUUCAUGUAUUUAAGUUGUUUUUAAAGGCUGUGAGACGUCUAAUGUGGUAUUGUGGGAUAGGAAGCACAUUUAAAGGUGCUCUGUUUCAAGUAGGGGAGAGUUUCCUCUUUUUUUUAAAACUCCAAAAUAAAAAAAUCAUUGUAUGGAGUCAAUGUGUCAGAGUCAUUCAUGUGCCUCCAUUAAUAACGUGC